AUGCCACCUUCCAAAACUGAGGUUAUCCUCACGGGGAUCGACAAUUGGGACGACUGGCAGAAGUUCGUUGCAAGCUUAAUCGAUAUAGAUAUCUGGGAGGCAAUCAAGCCGAUCAACCGAACUCAAGUGCUUCUGCGAAAGCCAAGAAGACCGCAGGUAUCUGAUUUCAAUGCAAACGCUGAGACUGAAGUCAAUCUUACGGCGUCUCAAGUCAACGCUUUCAGACUAGCCCGUGACAAUUGGAAAGAUAGCUCCAAAGAGUAUGAGCAACAGAAAACCAAUCUCAUCAAGGCUAAAAGUGUUAUCAUCAGCUACGUGGAUGAGAGAUUAGGCCGCUAUCUUGACCAAGACCAUGAUCUCCCCCGCUGGAUUGAUAGUCUAUCUGUAGCAGUCAAUGCCGAACAGACUAAAGCAACGGACGCACUUGUGAUUGAGUACCAGCAGAUCAUCAAGUCAUUCAGGUGCACCGACUCAGCAACCUUCACGGACUGA